CCGGACUCGGAGCAACAAGAGGAGGGAAGCGCGCGGCUGCUGCAGCUCCGACCCCACCACCACCACCACCGCCGCCGUUUCCAGGGCUCCACGGAGGAACACACCGACUUUAACCGGCUUUCGAUCACCGUCUUGUGGGAUGUUUACCAAGUCCGGACGGGUUCGCCGCAGAUACGAGCCGCGGCUCGGCACCACGAGCUGCUAGCGGCUAAUGGUAACUAGCCUGCUAACAACACAGCCGGCGGGGGGACGAGCCCCUCCAUGAACACCCGGACGGACUCACCCGGCUCCGCGGGACAGUCUACCGUUCACCAUUACGCUAUCACGGGAGCGCGUCCGCGCUGUGUUCUGAAGCGUGAGGUCCUCGCGGGGAAGUGUUGAAGCUAGCUGCGUCCAGGUAGCAGCGGAAGCUAACCGCAUCAAGUGGAAGAGAGUCACGCCGAUAUUUGGGAUCGUCAAUAAAACCCGGCGCGGACCGCACCGCGAGGAAGUCCCGUAGACAGCGAACGAACGGGGACCGUCUGGUAUCGACCGGGGCCAUUGUGUUUAUCAGUGAUUUGAUUCUGGCCUCCGGUCGGUGGCACUUAAACCAGCGUUUCUCGCGGCGUUUGGGCUCCAUUUCUCCGAUGCGGAGAGGCGAGUAGCACCGGCACCAAGUGUCCCACGGAGGCCGGACAUGCUCAAGUGUAUCCCGCUGUGGCGCUGCAACCGCCACGUCGAGUCGGUGGACAAGCGACACUGUAACCUGCCAGCGGUUCCCGAUGAGAUCUACCGGUACAGCCGCAGCCUGGAGGAGCUCCUCCUGGACGCCAACCAGCUCAAAGAUCUCCCCAAGCCGUUCUUCCGACUGCAUAACCUGAGGAAGCUGGGCUUGAGCGACAAUGUCAUCCAGAGACUUCCUCCUGAGGUGGCCAACUUCACACAGCUGGUGGAACUGGACAUAUCAAGAAAUGACAUCACAGAGAUCCCAGAGAACAUCAAGUUCUGCCGGUCACUGGAGAUCGCUGACUUCAGUGGGAACCCCAUCUCCAGGUUGCCGGAUGGCUUCACACAACUGCGGGCGCUGGCCCACCUGGCUCUCAACGAGGUCUCGCUGCAGAGUUUGCCCAACGACAUUGGAAAUCUGUCCAACCUGGUGACUCUGGAGCUCCGAGAAAACCUGCUCAAGUCUCUUCCCUCGUCUCUGUCCUCCCUGGUGAAACUGGAACAGCUGGACCUUGGCAGCAACGACCUGGAAGUUUUGCCGGAGACACUCGGUGCUCUGCCCAACCUGAGGGAGCUGUGGCUGGACCGGAACCAGUUGUCCUCAUUACCACCGGAGUUGGGGAACCUCCGGAGACUUGUGUGUCUGGACGUGUCAGAGAAUCGUCUGGAGGAGCUUCCCUCCGAGCUCAGCGGGCUCCUGGCGCUGACAGACCUGCUGCUCACACAGAACCUGCUGGAGGUCGUUCCAGAUGGCAUCGGCUGCCUGAAGCAACUCUCCAUCUUGAAAGUGGACCAAAACCGACUGAGCCAUCUGACAGACUCGAUAGGAGAGUGUGAGAACUUGACCGAGCUGGUUCUGACCGAGAACCUUCUCCAGACGCUUCCUCGAUCGCUGGGAAAGCUGAAGAAGCUGGCCAACCUGAACGUGGACCGGAACCGUCUGGGCGGAAUCCCACGAGAGUUGGGGGGCUGUGCCGGCCUCAACGUCCUCUCUCUGAGAGACAACCGCCUCAGCAAGCUCCCGUCAGAGCUCGCAGACGCCACCGAGUUGCACGUGCUGGACGUGGCCGGGAACAGGUUACAGAACCUGCCUUUCUCCCUGACCAACCUCAACCUGAAGGCCAUGUGGCUGGCCGAGAACCAGUCGCAGCCCAUGCUCAAGUUCCAGACGGAGGACGAUGAGCGGACCGGAGAGAAAGUUCUGACCUGCUACCUGCUGCCUCAGCAGCCCUCGCCAAGUCUGGAGAACCUUCUGCAGAACAGUGUGGACGACAGCUGGACUGACAGCAACCUCAACAGAGUCUCCGUGAUCCAGUUCCAGGAGGAGACCAAAGCUGCGGGGGAUGACGAUGACGACGACGCUGAGCGCAGGGGGCUCCAGCGGCGAGCAACGCCUCAUCCCAGCGAGCUGAAGGUGAUGAAGAAGGUGAUCGAGGAGCGCAGGAACGAGGCCUACUCGUCCCGAGGGGAAGGAGGUGAUCCCUCUUCUGAUCCUCAGGAGAAGCGCCUCAGCAACCUGUCGGCUCACAGCCACGACUCUCAGGUGUCCAACAGCACACUGUCCGCUGCGUCUCACGAGGAGAGGCGGGAGGCGGUGUCCUCCCACAGAGACGACGUGGUGGACGGUCACUUUGGGGAAGAGGAGGAGGAGCUGGACGAGAUGGAGGUUGAAUACAUCGAGCCAUCCGUGCACUUCGCGGAGGAGCCCAUCAUCCGCUGCAGAGAUGAUGAGGAGGAGGAGGAGGAAGAGGACGGAGAGAGGAGCGACGAGGACGACGGCAGGCUGACUCUUCCCGCCGAGAAGCAGCGUCUUAUUAGGAAGGACACGCCGCACUACAAGAAGCACUUCAAGAUCACCAAGCUGCCCAAACCCGAAACAGUGGCUGCGCUACUGCAGGGCUUCGGUCCAGACGGACUCCACUCCCCAACUCGGACCGGUGAGGACGAGGAAGAGGAUGACGAGGACGAGGUCCGGAGCUUCGGCACGCCACAGCUCCAUCACAGGAUGGAGGCGCCAGACCUGGACGACACACGGCACCAAAGCAACUGCAGCCAAGUCAAGGGGGUGUCAUUUGAUCAAGUCAAUAAUCUGCUGAUUGAACCUGCUCGAAUUGAGGAGGAAGAGCACACCCUCACCAUCGUCAGACAAACCGGAGGUCUGGGCAUCAGCAUCGCUGGAGGGAAAGGUUCCACUCCGUAUAAGGGGGACGACGAGGGCAUCUUCAUCUCCAGAGUGUCUGAGGAGGGUCCAGCCGCUCGCGCGGGAGUGAAAGUUGGAGACAAACUUCUUGAGGUGAACGGCGUCGACCUCAACGAAGCCGAGCACCACAUGGCGGUGGAGGCGCUGCGCAGCUCCGGAGCAUCCGUGUCCAUGUCCGUGCUGCGCGAGCGUAUGGUGGAGCCGGAGAACGCCAUCACGACCACGCCGCUGAGGCCGGAGGAUGACUACUUCCCCCGCGAACGACGCAGCAGUGGCCUGGCCUUCAACAUGGAGCCCAGUUUGAGUGGCCCCCAGCAGCGACUCUCCACCUGCCUGAUCCGCAACGACAAGGGUCUUGGGUUCAGCAUUGCGGGAGGCAAGGGGUCCACGCCGUACCGCUCUGGAGACACGGGGAUCUUCAUUUCUCGCAUCGCAGAGGGCGGAGCCGCGCACAGAGACAGCACGCUGCGUGUCGGAGACAGAGUCCUCUCUAUCAAUGGUGUAGACAUGACAGAGGCCAGACAUGACCAGGCAGUAGCGCUUCUUACCGGCACCUCCCCCACCAUCGCCCUCCUGGUCGAGAGAGACCCCAACGCGUCACCAGGUCGGGGCCGAGCCCACUCCCCACCGCCCCCAGAACCCUCAGAUUCCCCCGAUCAGGAAGAAGACGGUCUCCAGGGAAACCACCUGGGCAGGAUGGAAGACGAGUACCCCAUCGAGGAAGUCACUUUGGUUAAGUCCGGCGGCCCUCUUGGUCUCAGCAUCGUCGGAGGGAGUGACCACGCCAGCCACCCCUUCGGCAUCAACGAGCCCGGCGUCUUCAUCUCCAAGGUCAUCCCCCACGGACUUGCGUGUCAAAGCGGACUACGAGUCGGUGACAGAAUCUUGGAGGUCAACGACAUCGACCUCCGUCACGCGACACACCAGGAGGCCGUGCGAGCGCUGCUGGCCAACAAGCAGGAGAUUCGAAUGUUAGUGAGGAGGGAUCCAUCCCCGCCAGGGAUGCAGGAAGUUGUUAUCCAGAAGCAGCCGGGAGAGAAGCUGGGCAUCAGUAUCCGAGGUGGAGCCAAAGGUCACGCAGGGAACCCGUUCGACCCGACAGAUGAGGGCGUCUUCAUAUCAAAGGUCAGCUCCACCGGCGCUGCAGCCAGAGACGGACGGCUGCAAGUGGGAAUGCGAAUCCUGGAAGUGAACAACCACAGUCUGCUGGGAAUGACGCACACGGAGGCGGUGCGAGUGCUGCGAGCUAUCGGGGACUCGCUGGUCAUGCUGGUGUGCGACGGCUUUGACCCCCGGAAGGUCACCACCGUGGAAGCCUCUCCGGGCAUCAUAGCCAACCCGUUCGCGGCGGGGAUCGUCCGAAAAAACAGUCUGGAGAGCAUCUCUUCCAUCGACCGAGACCUGAGCCCAGAGGAGAUGGACAUCAUGCAGAAGGAGUCUGAGAUGGUGAGAGAGACGUCGCAGUGGGAGAGAGAGGAAAUGGAGAAAGUGGAGCGAAUGCGCUUGGAGCGAGAGGAGGCCACACGGCUGCUAGAAGAGGAGACGCAGAACAUCAGCUCGGGUCCACUGAAGCUGGACUACAAGACCUUAGCGGCUCUUCCCACCACCAGCCUGCAGAAGGUCAACAGGGUAUCACCCAGUUUGCCUGCUCCUCUCAGUUCCAUGGAGGCCCCUCUGCAAGUCCAGUACGCUGCCCCUUUAGAGCCUCUUGGCUACAGUCUAGCCCACUCCUCAAACCCUCUGGGCCACACAGACCUAACACCCGCCGCCGGUCCAAAGUCAGAGCUCAGCGGAGCUGACAGCGCUGGAUCGUCCACGACCUUGAACUCUGCGUUGAUGUCUGAGGAAGAGGAGGAAGAAUGUCUGGUGGACUCGCAGCCCAUGUGCUUCAAGGAAAACCCUUUUCUGGUGGCUAACCGUAGAGGGAAGGGUCUUCCUCCUGGAGAGCGGAUCCUGUCCGGGCCGCCGGUGGGCUACGGGAGACACGGCCAGCUGCAGCCAUGGUUAUUCAGCAAGGCCCCGUCGGGUGACUACAGUCCGAUCAGAGAAGCGCCUUAUUCACCGACCAUCCAGCCGCCGGGUCCUCCCCACAGCCCCGCGUGUGCCGGCAGGGAGACUCGCUUCGCAAGCAUCCAUUACUCCUCCACCCCCAAUGCCAGAGACACAUCAUCUCCAUCAUCAACGCGGCCCGGUGCCAUCCAACCAGUGGGACGCGGGCGCCAGAGCUCGUCCCCCGCCACUCCGGACGGCCACAGCCCUAACCCUUUCCAGCAUGGCCCCUCCCCCUUCAACUCCCAGACCUCUCCUUGUGUCCCUUCCCCCAUCUCUCCUGAUGAGUUGCCAAUGAAUGUCAAGCAGGCAUACAAGGCGUUCGCGGCCGUGCCUCGCUCGCUAGCAGUGCUGGAGCCGCCGCAGGAUCUCUAUGGGCUGAGAAACAAUUUCCACUCUAAGCCGCUGACUCCAGAGCCUGAGCUGAACAACGAGGUUUUUGACGAUAGCGUUCAGGGUCAGGAGCGAGUCGUCAGGGGAGUGAGCGGCCAGGUCUCCCCCCGCUCCACCCUCACCUCUGACCGUCGGGAAUAUAUGAGCCUGGCAGCGGUGCCUCGUCUCUCUAGGCCGUCUCUGGACCUGCAGAGUCCCUCUCCCACUGGCAAGAGCAGCCCAGAGCAGCGCUCCUUCAGGGACAGACAGAAGUAUUUCGAGAUUGACGUGAAGCAGCAGACUCCCGACAAGCCCAAACCUCGAGUCUCCCUGGUUGGUGAAGAUGAUCUCAAGAAGAUGAGGGAGGAAGAAGAGAGGAAGUUUGAGCAGAGAGCACGAGAGUACCUUCUGGAUGAGGAUGAUGAGGAUGAAGAAGAUGAGGACAUCACUAAGCAGGUGGCCCAAAUGAAGGCCACAGGCAAGGUGCUGCUGGACGGAGUGGAGUACAAAGUGGAGCCGGUUUCUUCACCAUCUGGUCACUGCUCCACGCCCCCCAGCUACAGCGGCAGCUCGGGGCCCUCGUCAGUGGAUGGGAAGGGCGACUCUCAGAGGAACUCUCUGGACGACAGCUUCAGGCUGGAGCAGAGGCCCAACUCCAUGACUGGUUUGAUCCCAAUGUAUCCCGGCGAGUCGGCGGCUCCCAUACGAACAGCCAAAGCAGAGCGCAGACAUCAAGAACGGCUUCGAAUGCAGAGUCCUGAACUGUCAGUCGCGCCUGACAAGGACCUGAGCCCGGCUGAGAAACGAGCGCUGGAGGCAGAGAAGAGAGCCAUGUGGAGAGCAGCGCGGCCCUCUGAUCUAGAGGAAGAUGUUAGGCAGUAUGAGCAGGACCUGGCUAAGAGGCUCUACCAAGCCAGAGUGAGAGCCUCUCAGGGCACCACCCCUCCGCCCCCCUCUUCCUCCUUCACUGCAGCCUCCCAGCUCAGGUCUGCCUCUCGCAGGAUGAAGUCACUCGAGCAGGACGCUCUGAAAGCUCAGAUGGUCAUCGCCAAGUCUCGGGACGGAAAGAAACGUGGAACUCUGGAUCAGCUGACGGAGUCGCCGUCGCCCGCCCCCACUCCAUCCCCUACCCCAUUAGAAGACCUGAGUCCUCGCGGAGUGACGUCACCUGGAAGGCUGUCCCUGUCGUCAAAGAAGUUUGACUACCGACAGUUUGCCGCCAUUCCUUCUUCCAAACCCGUAUACGACAUCCAGUCUCCCGACACGGCCGGCGACUUCAUCUCUGACGUCUCUGCCAGUCCAGACCUGAUGGUGAGUCCGGAGGCCCCGCUGCCCACCACCACCGCGCUGGAAGAGAUGGCUCUCUACAGCAACAAGCGCAAGCUGAGGCAGGGCCGCCGCAGCCUGGAGACCGCCGUGCCCACGUAACACCGCGACGGCCGGCGAACACACACACACACACACACACACACACACACACACACACACACACGCACACGCACACUACAGUCAGACUUCCUCACCAUCGACCACUGCAGUCACACGUUUGUAUCCGGUGCCAGUCUCGCCUUCUUCGCGGUCCCGGCGAGCUGGCGCGGGUGGCUUCGUCUCUUUCUACGCUUUUUAUUUUUUGGAAUCUUUAUUGCCGUUUUUGAGAAAAUACUGGAGGAGAGAAGAGAUGGGACGUGGCGCGGCCUGUUUCGAGCGCCAGAGUAGAUUGUGAACCGCGGCUGGUGGGGUGUACAUACGAGGACGUCCCGCUGCCUCCGCGCUCGGGCCGCACCGCUAACUUAUUGCUUUUAAUCCACGCGAGGGCAGCGUAGGACGGGUCGGCAGAGGGUCACGGUACGGACGUCGCCGGCGUGAAGGCAGUUUUAUUUUCUAAUUUAAAUCUGAUACCACUGAAACUCGAGGUGUGAAUAAUGUACAAAAGCUUUGUGGGUGAAACUGAGCCAAGCGUCUGGACGGGCUCGGGUUCUGCUGCUCUCUGCAUGUAUAUUGGGUUUUGGAAAGUGGAGACGGAACCGGCCUCCACAACCUCACUUGGACCUUUACAUGACGCUGGUUCCGACCCACUCUGUUUGAGAACGCGAGCAUGGUUUCAUCCGACUUGAAUUGGGUCUUUUAAAGAGCGCGGCGGUUUUAGCGGCGUCCGAGCGGACGAUUUUAGCCAUUCAAAAAACGCCUUUUUAUUUGAGGUCAGGUGACUGGAAGGUCACAUGUUCCCGCCUCAGUUCAAGAGCGAUGGUCUCGAACAGAGUGGCGGCGUCACUCGGGCUUCACGACGUUGUUCGUGCUGUGUUUCAUGAUUUUAUGUUCUUCGGGGGUGGGGGGGUGGCUUUGCGCAAAUAGGUUUGAGGUUGUAGAGUGAAGAUGUAGAGCUCACACCAGACUGUAACUAGUGAAUUUGUACAACCAAAGAAGUCUAUUUUGUGGUUCAGGAAUAAUAAAAAAAAAUUUACUUUUCAUUGACGCGGUGUCUGUGGUGCUUCGGUCCAACUUACGUUUUGCCGCUCGGCUACUUGAAGUUCCUCUGCGGAGACAAAGCCGGCGUCAAGGACACGAGUCUUCGACCUUCACUAAUUCCACUGGUCACUUGGUGUUUAUGUGAGUGCGUGUCGAGCCUCGGUCACCUGCUUGUAGAACCUGUAGCGAGCGUUGUAGAAGGACUCUGCGUUGGACUCGUCCCCCAAGGUGUCCAGCUGCUGCCGCGCCGAGCUCUGCUGACUCUGCUCGUCCUGAUGACGCGGGACUCGGCGUCACGACAAAGGCUUCAGUCCAACCGCCAGCGUCCGUGACUCACCUGCUCCGAGUUCUUGUCCAUGCUCACCUCCUGCUGCUCCUCCGUCUUCUUGUACCAGGUUUCAAACUCUUUAAACGCCAGAGACGUCUGGGUGAGCUUCAGCUGAGCACGUGCCGAGAGCGUCGGAAGCAGGACU